GGCUGCGCCCAUAGCUAAUAUUUGACAGACGUCAAUAUUCGUUUUAACCUAUUUACAGUGUGUGUGGUUAAAAACCAGCAGCCCAGUAAGCUCAGAUGGUUAGAUCUCCAGCAGUCGUCAGUUCGAGCCCCACACCGGCUACCAGUAACAGUGACCUUGAACCUAGGGACCCUAAAUGCAAUCCAUUGAAAGGGUUGGCAAAAAAACUAGUUGUCAUUCCUCUGUUUCCAAACUGGUCUAAAGAGGAGAAAAUGGAGGAAAGUCCAGAUCAAAGAGCUAGUGAGUGUCCAAAUAACAGAUUUACGAUACAGGACAGUGAAGGCACAGGAGAUGUAUGUGACAACUCUGCUGUUGAGAAAAUAGACAUAGGUGAUGCAUGUUCAGAAACGAAAAUGAUCACAGAUGAAGAUUCAAGUGUUUUGGAAGACAAACAGUGUCCAUCUGAGACUUCAUCUGGUGCAGUAUCUACAGAUUCAUCUGUGAGAGUGAACAUGCUUGCAAGAGUGGCCUUAUCUAAUGCACACUUUAAACACCAACAGAUAGGUGAACCAGACUUGACACUAGAUGAGAAAAUAGACAUUGCUCAAACUAUUCUGGAUGCAAGCAAAGUUAAAUUUCUUUCGAAGUUCUGGAGUUAUUUGGAACUUGAAGACUUAGAAUUCUUUAAUGAUUCUAAGAGUGUUUAUGAAGUAGACUUUUACAUUAAACAGAUCCUUAAAUCUAAGAAUUCUGAAGUGCAGAGAAACAGAGUGAAAAAUAGGCGUUAUGAAGCCAUGAAGGAACUUAUUUCCCAAGGGGAUUAUUUCAGUGAUGAUGAAAUGAAGUUUAGAGAACCUUAUUUAUAUGAGCAAAUGGUAGGACAGUAUUUAACAGGUGAUGAGAUACAGGCAAAAGUGGACAAGUCUGAUUUAACAUUCUCAAAUAUACUGUUAAAACACAUUGAUCAACUGGAUGAAAAUGUUAGAUAUGCUAAAGAAAAAGAUACAGAGAAUGGCCAAAUGGAAGAGGAAGAAGACAGUGAAGAGGAAGAGGACGACCAGGGGGAUGACCAGAAGGACGGGGGCAAGGGGAUAAGUGAGAGUGAAGAUAUCACUGAAAAUGAAGAUUUUUUCCAAAUUGAUGAGGACAGUAAGCCGAAGAUACCGGACGUAGAGAAGCAAGCUCUGAAGGCCGAGUUCCUGACUAUCAUGCAGGAAAGGUUCCUCAGUGGUGCUGACAUAACAUUUGAUUACAGUGCAGUGGACAACAAUGAAGCAUACGACGACCUCUCCAUCCUGAAUGCCGAUGCUGAGGAGAAAUACUUUGAGGAUGAAGACCCAGAGAGCAUUCAUUCUGACAGCAACUUGUGAACAGGAGCAUUUAUGUGAUGUUAACGUUCAUAGUGGCUUAGUAUCACAUGAGUAUGCUGUAUAAGAAGUGAAAGUCACAUGUGCAUAAGGAGUUUUGUCAGAUGAAAACUCGUACAUUAACAUGUACUGAACUUUGGAACCAUUGACCAUGCAUGCUGAAAAGAUGAAGGUGCCAGCAACUUGCUUGUGGCUAAGAGCUGGUUUUGAUGUAAUCAUGAGUAUUGAUUAAUAAGUAACACAUUUGCUGUUUGAUAAGCAUGGGUGACAGUCGGCAAUGAACUACAAGUUAUAUGGGAUAUAAAAUUCUACAUUGAAGCCAAUUUGUAAACCAUGGUCUAAGGUUAAUUAAAAGGAAAUGAAAAUGUUCACUGAAACUGUCUUGAGUGAACAUACAGACAAGUUUAACCCUGAUGGAAAGUAUUUAAAAAAUGCAUAAUUAGUGGCAAUGCUCCAGAAUUUACUGUUAUUAAGGUCAAUCAACUAACUCUGCUGGCAGGGUUGGCAAUAUGAUAUCAUUUGAUUAUAUCCUUGUGUUUCAGAUUUUGAGUUCCAUUCUAUGAGUUAUUUACAAGUAAAAAGACAUUUAUUAAU